AUGAUUCACGAGCAUUCACACUCUCGUCUACACGCACCUCUACCACCACUCAUCGCCAAAGAAGUGUCAGCAAUCCAAAUUGGUAGUGGAUGUCGCUUCAUCAUUGAUCAUAUAACAACUGUUUAUCAAGAAGGACAUUAUUACAUUAUCCUUGAGCUCAUGAGGGGAGGUACUCUUGGUUCUCUGCCUAUUCCUUUACCAUUCAUUCAAGCUCGGUAUUAUAUCGCAGAACUAUCUAUUGCCCUUGGACACCUUCACGCUCGCGGAGUAUCUCAUUCAGAUCUUCAUCUGGAAAAUGUUUUAUUGGAUUCGAAUGGUCAUGUCAAACUCACCGAUUUCGGUUUCGCUAAGAUUCAGGUGGAAAGACCUUUUACACUUGCUAUGUCUUUGAGCUUUGAUGAAGAUUGGUGCGCUCUAGGGUGUUUGCUUUAUGAGAUGAUCACAGGAAAAUUUCUUGCUCUGUACCCACAAGGCUCUGAAACUCAGUCAGAUAAAUUCCGUCUUUCAUUUCCCGAUUGUAUCGAUGACUAUCUCUGUCGGCAUUUCAUCAAUUGGCUCGUGGGUUUCGAACUUGACUGGCCUAAGCCUUCGUUUGAAACGAUCCAAGUUCACCCUUGGAUGAAAGGUAUCCCUUGGGAAGAAAUGAAGAAUCCCUCCGAGCCAGGACCAAUUCUACCGUCCCUUCUAUCAAUUCCUCCAAUUCAAGCAGCAUUGAUUUUAUAA